GGCUGCUGUCUUUCCAUACCAUCAUCGCACUCCGCUAGCCAUAGACCUCAUUCGAGCUCUCCGCCACGAGCGAUAAGUUCAUCACAACCACAUGACCACGCAUCGAACUUAAAUAAACCUCUUCGACGACAAAUCUGGUCAAGCACCGAACGUAUCUGGACCAAUGUCGAGUUGGAGCGAGAACGCGCAGAAUUUUUCGAUACGAGAACAUCAGGCCGACCAGAAGUUUGGCAGACAAUGAAAGCGGUGCUUGAAAUUUUGUGGGCAAGCGAAAACUCAAAAGAUGUUACAGAUGUAGGACUAGAAACAGCACAACAGAUCCUUGAUGCAGCCGAAAUUAUUCUUCCCCAUAGCAAUAUAUCGCCAGGAAUUUAUGACAGUUUUGGCGCAUACUAUCCCAUUCCGAAACACAUAACAUCAAGCCCUAAAAAUGUAAUGAUCAUUAACUCCACUGAACAGGAGAGAAAAUACAAAGAGGAAGCUCAUCAAAGUUUCGAAGGUACAGAGGAUAAUCGAACACGAGAGAAGGGUAAAUGUAUAACCAAACCCACAGAGUUGAUCAAAUUACGCGUAAAACUUAGCGACCGAGAUGCACCUCCUAUUCAAUUGUUUAUUGAUAAGGAGGAUACUGUAAGAGUGGUGGCUCAAAAGAUUUUAAUUGAAUCAGGAAUGGCAUCUACUAAAACAUUACGAAUUGCCUAUAUGGGUAAACUUCUGAAUGAAAACCAGUCGCUAUCUAGGCAAGGAUGGAAUGAAAUUUAUGUGGUAAAUGGACUUUUAUUCGGAUAA